AUGAGAAUUUUUUUGGUUCAGGUUCGCAUGGAUUAUGACACUGAUUGCUUAUGGAAGCCUCCAAAGCUGUCAAUGAAACAGCGUACCAUGUCGGUAGGAUCCAGCGAUUCAGAAGGAUUGCGAAGUUCGAUAGAUUCCUCCCGCUCCAACUCAGUCAGCUCACCUGUUGAUGUUCCACGCCCGCGUAGACUCAGCAUUAGUGAGAUGAUAUUUGGCUCACCUUCGGGCGGUUUCAGCUGGGGGCAGUCCAGCAUCCUUGGUUCCUCAUUUGAUGAAAAACGAGAGUCCAUCACCGAGGACGCACGAUUCAAGCAAUUCCUGAAACACCAGAACAAGGUCCUCGGCGACGGUUCGUUUUUAUAA